AUGGAUCGAGACUUCUUCCUGAAUACAACAACACCGAGAGGUAACCAUUGGAUAGGGGCUACUUCUUCGUAUCGAACACAGCAUAAUGGUACCACUUCACAACGACGUUUCCAGCCAACUACCAAUUCAUCAAAGGAGUUCAAAUUUGGAUCAUUACCUGAGGUGAAAGCCAAGAAACCAAAGCAGGCGUCUGAUGUAGACUACAGCUCAUUACCACUUAUAUCACCAGAAGUACUUGAUGUAUCCAGACAGAGGUUUUUGGCGCUAUUGGUAUUUAUCAUUAUUCAAAGUUACAAGGCUUAUGAUCUUUUCCUGUUAAAGACUGGAUUGCCAGUGAUUGGAUUAUUAUCAACUAGCUCUUGGUUCAACUUUGUUUCCAAAUAUGUGGUAGUUGAUGCCAUGUUUUUAUAUUUCCUACCAAGUUUCAAGAUCCCCAAAUUGACAUUUCAGCCAUGGAUGGUCCUUCUACAAAUCCUCUGCAUGUGGGUUAUUACAUUCUUUAUCUCUACUGAACAUGACUUUUCCAUAUUUACAGGUGCUAUUACUUUGCUAUGGAGGUUCAACAAUAAGGAAGUUAGUCUAAGUGGAUCAUCAGUAAGUCAUCGUAAACUGAUGGAUUCAUCUGCUCAUUUUAAAGGUGCAAUGACUAUCAAGAUCUUACCAGAGAAUACGGCAAUGCUAAAUCCGUCGCAUGAGUCCUAUUGUUUGCCACAAGACACAGAUCUACUCCCAGAGGGUCAUUUGAAAGUUCCCAUUAGAAUUAAUUCUACGUCUGAUAUCCAAUUGAUUCAAUUGGAAUACAGAGAUUUAUACACGAAUGGUGUGGAAUUGAGAAAUUUGACUGCUAAAGAUUUCAAAGUGGUUAACGAUCCAUCAGCACUUUUGAGUAAGGAUCAUCUUUCGAUGAAAGGAAUCGUGGAUACAAAUAGUAUAAAAUACGUGGAGCUUCCGUUGAACGAAAUUGGUUUUUAUCAGAUUAAAAGAAUCAUAGAUUCCAAGAAUUUCUCCCUCAAAGUUUACCAUUCGCAUUUGAUAGUUUCACACUGUCCCGUUGCCACAAUAGCAGGUGCAGGAAGCUUUGAUAGAUGUAUUGGAGAUUCUGAUAAAUUGACGAUUGAACUGCAAGGUGUACCUCCAAUGAGAUUAGGUUACUCAAAGGCAGUUGGUGGUCAACAACAUACUUAUUUGGAUUCCAAUCUACAGCCAGAAUACUUUGAAUCACCUUUGCAGUCUACACCAAGACAUAUGUUCUCUAGUGGAGAUCUUGAGGAUCUGAGAUGGGCAAGAACACAUCCAGUGACAAUUAGUUUGGAUUUACCCGUGACUCAAGAAGGUCUUUACAAUUAUCGCAUCGAUAGAUUGGUAGAUGGUUUGGGUAACGUCAUGGACUUUACCAAGAUUCCUGAAAGUGUGCAAAAGGAAAAUGGAGUUUCCUACAAUUUCAAAGUUCAUGGAAUCCCAAGAGCAUCUUUGGAAGAGAAAUUUGAUCCAAAUUCAUCUACGAAAAAAUCAAUCUCUGUGAAUUUUGAACAGAUCCAAGAUUGGGGAGCUGCAACACCUUACUGGGCCAAAAUAUCACAUGUGGCAGCUGAUGGUGGUGCCCAGACCUUUAACGUAUCGACAAAUUCUUUGUCUCAUGGUUUCCAAGCAGAUCUACCUGGCACUUAUAAAUUGGAUUCUGUGGGUUCUACGUUCUGCCCUGGUGUAGUCAUUGGUAAGUCGAGUGUUUUAGUUACAAAACCCAUUCCACCAGAACUAGAGGUGAACUCGACACCAAUUUUAGACCAAUGUGUCGGACAAGUAGGUUUGAACUUUGAUUUAACUUUCACAGGUGUGCCUCCAUUUUAUUACAGAGCAUUCAUCUACAGAAUAGAAAAUGGGAAACGCAAGCUUUAUGACACAAAGAAGUACACAUCACAAGGCACUAGGAAUCAAUUUAGUUAUAGUCCUACCAGUGAGGGCAAUUACGAAAUUGUAUUCGAUGAGUUGUCCAACCAAUUGUUCAGUGAACCAAUAUCCUUGAUUCCACGUGAAAAGUACACUUUCAAAACUUCAAUGAGAGUGAAACCUAGUGCCGUUUUCAAAAACAUCAAUGAAAAGAAAUUAUGUUUGGGCGACCAAACCAAGGCACCCGUGAAGUUGAAUGGUGAACCACCUUUCUAUGUGAAGUACGAUAUCUUCGAAACCUCUUCCAACAAGAGGAAGACCUACGAAGUUAAGGAUAUUCAAUCCAAUGACUACGACAUAAAUCUGCCCAAAUUUGACUUGGGUGGUGAUUACAUCAUGUCCCUCGUCUCUGUAAAGGAUUCUUCAGGAUGCCUCGUUGGACUAAGUGAGCCCGAUGUGAUGAUCAAAGUCAGAAGAGAUGUGCCUUCAGCGUCAUUUAACUUAUUGGAAAACGCAAAUUCAAUUAAGAUUAAACAAGGCUCUCUUGCUGAAAUUCCUAUCAAGUUGGCUGGUGAGGCACCUUUCACUGUUAAAUUUCAGCACCUAAACCACGAAGGUGAAGUGUUGGGAGUUUAUGAAUCGAGAUUUAACUCCAAUUACAAACCCUCUUUGAAAGUUAGUAAGGAAGGAUCCUAUAAGUUGCUUGAAAUGCACGAUUCCUAUUGUAGUGGUAAGAUUGAUAAUGAAAAUUUCCAAUUCAAGGUUUCAUUUUUGGAUAAACCAAACUUUUCUGUCAUAGAAAAUGCAAAGACUAAUAAACUUUCUGCUAUAACAUUUUCCAAGGAACAGGUGUGUCAAGGAAGAGAAAGUACCAUUGAUUUAUCUCUAUCAGGUUCACCUCCGUUUAUUUUAAGAUACGAUAUUAUCGCCCCCAAUGGCUACACUUCCUCCGAUAGUAUACAAGUUGCAACCAAAUAUGCCGCCAUCAAGUUGCCCAACCAGGAACCAGGGGAAUACACGGCUGUGAUCAAUGCUCUAUUCGAUGCUAAUUACGGUGAAGAUGAUUUUGCCAGGGCAGGGUCUCCAUAUGAAGAGGUAUUUGUUAAGCAAACUGUGAAUCCAACACCUUAUGUUACUUUUGCUGAUAUGGGCAAAACCUAUAGAACUUGCUCUAUCAAUGUGCAAGAAGAUACACUGUCAUUAGAACCUAUUAAAUUGAAGUUUGUGCAAGGUGUGGCCCCAUUCUCAGUAACUUUUAGCAUAUAUCAUGAGAGCAAAGGUAGAUCUGAUCAAUUCACUUUGGAAGACGUGGAUCCUGCUAAUUUCCCCUACCAUAAACUAUAUGAGAAUUUGAAAUUGGGUAAUCAUGUCGUUACUAUUGAAAAGGUGGUUGAUGCUAAUGGUUGUACAAAUGAUUUGAUUGCUACUCAAAAUAAUCACGUCUUAAUAUCUAUUACAGAUGUGCCCAAGAUUCAUUUGCUAGAUCCUACGGCAGAGUAUUGUGUGGGUGAUUACGUUGCAUAUCAAUUGAACGGUGUAGCUCCUUUCUCAAUCAGAUAUGAAUUCAACCAAAAGCAGUUGAAGCUCAAGGAAUAUACUUCACAAUUUGUUAGAAUUGCUUCAGAACCUGGUAUUAUCUCUAUUGCCUCCAUUGAAGAUUCCAUUUCGCAAUGUGUGGUUAACUUCACCACUCCAAGUAUGAAGAAAGAAUUCGAAAAACUUUCUCUUUUGGUUCAUCCUCUUCCAUCCGUGACUGUUUCUAGGGGUAAGAAUAUUAUCGAAGAUAUCCAUGAGGGAGAUCAAGCAGAAAUUAUCUUCACAUUUGAAGGUAAUCCACCAUUUUCUCUGACUUACGUUAGAACCGAAGAAGCUGAAGGUAGUAAAGGAAGAGGAAUUCCUCAAGUUGUCGAAACUCACAAGGUUACUGAUAUAUAUGCAUACGAAUACAGGGUCGUCACUAGUUUGCAAGGUACUUAUCAAGCUAUAGAGGUGUCAGACGCCUUCUGCUUUGCCAAGAAUGAUGCCUACUUUAGCAGCUAA